GUCAACUUUAAAGCUGUUAGACAAUACUUUUCUCAAGAAAAAUAAUAAUCUAUUUCAAUUCCUACUGUUCAAAUGUAUUUUAAUAAAAAAAAGGCAAGAUACUUACGUGAAAUUAGUAAUUCGCAAUUUAUUCCAAUUUAGUUUAAAAAGCAGAACCAUUUAUCUUGGAAUAAAACUCUUUUAUUUAAGUGAAAGAGCCAUCCAUGUACUAUCCCUUGAUUCUUCAACUGCAUUAGUAUCUUGUACAUGCUUUUGUCUCUCUAAAUGGAGGAAGUGAUUGUUAACUCUUGUGACGAGGGGAUUAAUAUGCCCUUGCUUAGAGCAGCCUUACAUCAGUUGUGAAGAAUGAGGUGCUCCUUAGCCAUUUAUCUCAGCCUUUUGGCUUUUUCAUGUGCUAACCAGAUAAAGUUGAAAAUACACCCAACCCCUGAUGACCCGCAAAGUAGUUUAGUCUGGUAUAAUCAGUCUACUUCAGAUAAAUGGAGUCAAAAAUUGGAUAAUUUCUUAGAAGUUUACAGAACACCAUUGCUGACGGAAGGGAGAGAGGAGACUUUAGUAUCUUGCAGUUAUGAGAAAUAUCCAUCAUCUAAUUCUGUUUGUAACAUCAGACCUGAAGAUUUCAAGCCAUGCACUGCUUCAAACUUCUUCGGUUAUAAGAAAGGAUCACCUUGUAUCUUCAUUGAGUUGGAGAAUGUAUUGGGAUGGAAACCCCGCUAUUUUUCGUCCAUGAAAUCCUUGCCCAAAGGAAUGCCACAGGCUCUCAAAGAUCAAAUAGACGAUCUUACUGCUAAUGUGAAGAUGUGGGAAACAAUCUGGGUUGCUUGUGAAGGCUUAACUCCUGCUGAUAAAGAAUUUAUAGGAUCAACAGUUGCUAUUCCACAACCUGGAUUUCCAGGCUAUUUCUUCCCCUAUAUUGGACAAAAAGGAUAUCUCAACCCAAUAAUAGCAGUUCAACUUGAACGUCCUCAGGUUGGUGUGAUCAUCAACAUUGUUUGCAAAGCCUGGGCUCCUGGUAUUGUACACAAUGCUAACAAACCGCUCGGCAUGGCCAUGGUCGAAUUACUGUUUGACUAAGUACACUUUGACAAAAUAAGUGUUUAAUGAGUCAUCUUUUCAUCUAAUAAAAUCUUAUUUAAAUAAUAUAUAAAAGACUUUUCUCACACUGAUCAAUUUUUUGUUAUAUAAUAUCAUUAGUCUCCUAAGCUAUUCAACAGAAGCCAUUGUUCAUCCUUGCUGUUUCUGCUGCUCUUGGGAAGAUAAAACAGCCUCAAACCAGAAAAGUCCCGAAGUUGAACCGAUUCUGAGCAUUUUAAACCUCCAGUUAAUAACAUAUUAAAAUAUUAUUUUUUUAAACUUGUUAUUGAUUAAAUGUUAAGUUUACAAAAAUAAAUUAUAUUUUUCAACAAUAUUUAUUUUGUUUUUAUUGUUAUUUUACAAACAGGAUGUACAUUUUAUUUGAAAUUCACAUUUCUGUAGCAUUAGAAAUGUUUUAUGCAAUCUUAUUUUUCAAAAUUACUAUUUUAUCAAAUCAACAUAUUUUUAAAUUUAAAGAAUUAAUUUUUUUUUCUAAAUUCAUUUUGUUAUAAAAUAUAUUUUUUUGUUGAGUUUUUAAUAUGCAUACACUUACACUUGGUAUGUUUAAAAUACUUUUUAUUCUAUAAUUCUUUUUCUCCCUUUCAAAAUAUCAAAAUAUUGUUUAUUAAAUGGCAUUUUAACAUUGCUUUAAAAUAAAUAAUAUUUUUUUCUAAGCUAAAAAAAAAGUAUUUAAAAUCCAACAUAUCAAGCCAAUACUAUUGUUUAAAAUACUAUUUCAUUGUACUUGUGUGAAAGAAGAGAAGUGAAAUAUAAACAUAUUUCAUGGAAAUGUUUAUAAGCUUAAAUACAUUUACUGUAGUUUAAUAACACUAGAUAUGAUAUUAUAUUUAAGUAAUUAGGUAUCUAUUGGCCUUUUAUUAAAAAAUUCAUCAAGUAACCUUUUAGAAAAUUAAAUUAGUGAAUAAUUUGAUGAAUUUUCCCUUUGUGAAAUCCUAACAUUACCCACUUACAAUUAGUGUGACAACUUUUGACCUAUCCAUGACAGCAAUGAAAAUCUUGUAAUAUCAUUUUAGUAAACUUUACAAUGGAAAAUAACAGUUUAAUAACUAAUAGUUCUACAAUCCAUAAUCAUUUAUCGGUUAAAUAUUCAGAUGUACUUUCAAAUCUCUCUAGGCAUAUAUCAGCCUUUCGGUUGAUAAAAUGACUAACUCCAAUUUAAACAUUCUUUAUUAUUAAUUUUAGUGAUGUUUCUAGAGAUAAAAUUUAUACCUCUAUUCACAGUUCUAUAUUUCAACACUGCAAUCACCUACUCUGGAAUCAGCUUACUCACUGUCUGUAUAGAUAUAACUUUUCCAACUAGAAAUAUCACUAAAAUGACAUUAUUCAAAAAUGUAGAAAUUGGAGUCAGUCAUUCUGUCAACUGAAAGGCUCAGAGACUGAAGUUAUGUGGUUUAUAAAAGCAGAUGGAGAAACUAGAUUUUUAUUGCCUACCGCCGAUAUAAUAAGUAGACUUUUUGUAAUUUUAAUCGUCUUAAUGAUUUGUUAUCUGGAGCUUUAGGCUUUAGAUCCGCUUAAAAUGCACUUCAAACAUUUUAUAAUAGCUCAACAAUAAAUAAUUUUACCAGAAAAUAAUUUCUAUUCAAAGUAAGUGAAAGUUGUGUGUUGCCAGAUUUUUUUAAUAUCUUUUUAGUAAUGAAGAUUAAUUGAGGCAUAGCAUUCCAAAUCCAGCCAACUCCAUUUUCAAUUUAUUUAUUUAUUGUUUAUUAAGUGCUCUAUAUUAUCAUCAAGUGAAUGGAUUUUAUCUAGGCAUGUUUAUACACUGGCAGGCGUUAUGCUAACCCAGGGAAGCAAUUUUUGAGGAGGAGUAAAAUUUGAGUGAAAUACAAUAAUACUUUUAGAUUCAAACAACUUUGUAUAUUUAUAUAAAAGAGUUAAAUAAAACUCACAUACAUAUAAGAAUUAUUUUAAUUUAAUUUAAUUUUUAAUUUAAUAAUAAAGAAAUUAGUCUUUUUUGAGAUAAGGGUAGAUGCUGACCCAACAAAUCCUAAAACAAUCUGCUCCUGCAGACAAGAAAUAUUUAGCAAGAAAUAAUGUAGAUAUGUUAUUAACUCUUGUCAAACAUUCAGAUGUCAUAAUCAUUCAGGGGAAGAAGAAUAUGAAAAAAUGUAUAAAAUACUGAGGGAAAUCAAGGAAUUUUUAUGCCUUAAAGCAUUAAAAAAAUAAGUGAAGGAAAUAAUAUAAUUAAAGCAAUUAAAUUGUUUGAAAGUAUGAAACAUUAAAAGUAAAUCCUUCAACAAUACUUGCAAAAAAAUAUGAAAUAAUUACUAUGAAGAGAACUGAAAAAGAACUAGAAGAGAUACACCAUCAUCUGGCAGCACAUCUACAGAAUUACCUAAGAAUGCAUCUAAGGAUUACAUGUCUGAUUUCUGGUAAUAUCUCUAGUUCAUGGAAAAUGAAAAACAAAUAAUGAUAGCAUGCUUUAUUUCAUAUGUUAUAGUAAAUAAAAAGCUAAGUCAUUUAUUUCGCCCAGUGGCAAACAGGAUACAAUAGAAUAUGAAUGAAACCCAGUAGAUAGAUUUCAGUUUAGAAAAAUUGGAUCUUAUAAAACAAUAUUUUUUGUUUGAUAAGAUUCAUAAAAAAAAAAGUGUGAAAGGAAUUUAGAGUGGUUUUUAAGGUAUUAAAAAAAUAAUAAAAAGAAAUAAACUUUUGGUACUGUGCAAAUGAUAAAAUUAUGAUAGGCAUUAGAAAAGAUUAUUUUUGAUUAUUAAUAAAUCUUAAGAGAAAAUGGUUUGUCCCUUAUAAUAGCUCACCAAACACACCCUGAAAAAUUGUUAGUGCUUGUGUACUUCAAUAAUUUUGCUAAGCCUCCGGAGCUACCAUUAAGCUUUAGAAAAGGAAAAUCAAAAGAACUUAUUCCAAUUUUUGAAAAACUACAACUUUUAUGUACUUCUUUAAAAAAUGUAACAAGAACACAGUGCCUCUAACCUAUAUUGUUGAACAUGGCAUCUUUAACGGUAACCAAAUAAAAUAAAUAAAAAAUAAUUGUGAUCAAAGAUUAUUUUUUAAAAAUAAUUCAACACUUGUACGGAUAUGCUAAAUUUUGAAUAUUAAUGGGCAACUACCCUAAUGUCUAAGAUAAAGAAGGAGCUCGAUUUUUCAUCUUGCUAUUUAAUAUUAUUAUAUUUCAUUUUUUACAUUUUCAUUUACUGAUAUGAAAGAUAGGAUGAAGUGAACUAGUGGGAGUCCUAGUCAGAAAUAUUGUACUGCAUACACUCCAUUUUAUUGACAAUGAAGUGGUAUUUUUAUCAGAAAAGAACUAGUUAAGAAUGUAUGAAAUUUGAAAUUAAAUGUGGUAAUUAUUAUAAAUUUUCUUUAUGAUUAAUAUUCACAGAAUGCAAGACAUCAGUUUUAAAAUAAGAAAAUAGUUAGUUUUAAUAGAAAGAAAAUAUGUGAUAUACAAACCAAAUAACAUUUUGCCUACAUAUAAUAUUAAAUUUUAGUGAUUUUAAUUUUAAUUCUGUUAUUAGUUAAUAUAAAUUUAUGAAUCUUGAGAAUGUCUAUCUAUACACCUAAUGAACAAUUUUGAUCUUCAGCACUAAAUAUUAUAACUUCAUCACCACACAGGCAUAUGUUUAUGGCAACCCAGAGUACCUUGGUACUCAGUUUAAGAACCACUGGUCUAUUAGCUGGUGGUGGUUUCUCUAUUAAUUUUUAGAGGUCUAAAUAUGGACAUAUUCUACAUGCGUGUCUUAUAUUCAGUGGUUAUUUCUUACAGCCAGAUUACUAUGGCAGAUGUUUUUUAGCAGUAGCUAAAUUUCAAUGGAGUUGUAUUUUUAUUUUCAAACAAAUUUUCCAGUUUAAAAAAUAGCUCAGUUUAUAAUACACUAACACAUAUAUAUAUAUCUCCACUUAGUUUUUAAUUAUAAAAAAUGAUUGUUUUUGAAGAUAUGAGUGACUGAGAAAGGUGACUUCAUCUAUCAUGCUUGUUGGAGACAAAAAAACCAAAUACGAAAUUUUCAUAUUUGUAAAUUUUCAUAUUUAAAACUCCAUAGAAGUUUAAUUUUCUAUAGAUUAAAUAGAAAAUUUCAUAUUUUCAUUACUUAUCUUAAAAAUAGUUGGGAAUGUUUAAUUUGAAACACUGAUUGAACUUUGGGAAAGUAUUCUAAACACUACAAUGCACAUUCACAAACUAACAUCUGAGUGGGAGCAAGGGCACCUUAUAUCUUCAAUCCUGGAAUUUACGAAAUAUAAAAUACACUAAAUAAAUAUACCUACUGUUAUUCAUUACUAAUCUGACACAUAUUAAUAUUAAUUUAAUUGAUAAUACUUAUUAAAACCAUUAAUUUGGUAUAAUUAACUUACAUUGAAUCACAAGUAAAUAGAAGUAAUUAAAUAUUGCUUUCAUUAAGCUUACAUAAAAUAAUUACGCUUGUAUAAAAUAAUAUGUUUGUAUUAUGCACUCACUUAAUUAGAAGAGGAAUUGUGACUAUCUAUAGGGAGUUGUAAACUGUAUCUCCCCUUGAUUGAUGAAGGAAAAAUCACAAUUACUAGGUAUGCGUUCUCAACAUUACUUUUUAGCAGACCAUCUCCUGUUGUAUCUACUUUCAGGAUUUACUAUUUCUCCUG